AUGGAGCCCGAGGCUGCUGCCCAGCUGGAAAGACAGCAUGUUCACAAGGUCUACGAAAGCACAGCCGCCUACUUCAGGGACCUGCAAGGCAAAGUCUGGCCCCGAGUCCGCCACUUCCUCUUGGAGCAGAAACCUGGCAGCCUCAUUGCAGACAUAGGUUGUGGGACUGGAAAGUAUCUCCAAGUCAACAGCCAAGUGUACAAGCUGGGCUGUGACUACUGUGGGCCCUUGGUGGACAUCGCGCAUAGCAAGGGAUGUGAGGUCCUGGUGUGUGACAACCUGCGUCUGCCCUUCCGAGACCACAGCUUUGAUGCCAUCAUCUCCAUUGGCGUCAUCCACCACUUUUCAACAGCACAAAGGAGGACCCGAGCCGUGCAGGAAAUGGCUCGGGUGCUGGCCCCCGGAGGACGAAUCAUGAUCUAUGUCUGGGCCAUGGAAAAGAACCACCGACACUUUGACAAGCAGGAUGUGUUCAUUCCCUGGAACCCUGCCCUGUGUUCCCAGCUCCUGGCAGAACCAGCUCCCUCAGGACAGAAACACGUGUGUGGACAACCCAGAGUCAUCCCCAUCAGGCCCCUACAACGCCCAGCCUGCUCUGUCUGUGGCUACCCUAUGUGCCAUCAGAAGAGGCAGGAGUCCCAAAGGUCCCACAGUCUGGAUGGUUCUGGAACUCCUGGCUGCUGUGGGAAGUUGGUGGAGGUGAGGGACGAGGACAAUGGUUUCUACAACAUUUUAGGGAGGUCAUUCCGCUCCUGGUUUUUCUCCCGAUCCUUGGAUGAAUGCACUCUAAAAGAGCAGGUGGAGAAGGAUGAGCAUGCCACUGAGGAGUGGGCCCCUUGUCACCCUGUGUCUGUCCAGCCUUUGAAGCUCCAUCAUCUAGACCUUGGUGAUCAGGAGCCAUUGUCAAAAGAACAAGAUGGCACCACUGAUCAUAGGCUCAUACAAACCACAGAGUGUCAAUCAGCACCAGGUGUGCCAAGGACCCUACUCAGAGUGCCCCACAAAGACACUCAGAACCAGCAGCAAGGGGGCUGCUUUCUCAGGCAAUCUACAGUGGGGCAAAGCUGCAGGUCAGCCCGCCCUCAGGGGACAGGGAAGCAGGCUACCAGUCAGCUCUGGAAAAGGACCUCCCUCCCCCCUCCCUUCAUCAGCCUGGCAGCCGCCAUGUCCACUGGGGCAUCCCAGGCAGAGUCACUGGGCUCCAAAGCCUUCACCCGUUACUACCACGUGUUUCGAGAAGGGGAACUCUGCCACUUGCUAGAGCAGCACGUGCCGGAGCUCCAGGUCCUGAGUUCAAUCAAUGAUCACGGCAACUGGUGUGUUGUUGCCGAGAAGAAGCCAGGGAUGAUGGGCCACUGA